GUGAAAGUGAAACUUAUUUUUCUCUUCCCGUAGGUGCCAUGGCCGCAAAACGGGGGAUACAAGAGCCUGUUAUCUGUUCCGUUUGCCUGGCUUAUUUUAACGACCCGGUGAUUCUCAUCAAGUGCGGACACAACUUCUGCCGAUCCUGCAUCACUCAGCACUGCCAGGAGUCCAAAACCUCCCCCCGGUAUCGCUGCCCUCAGUGCAGAGAACCCUUCCGGGCAGGGGAGUUCCAGCCCAACCGGCAGCUGAGGAACGUGGUGGAAAUAGCCAAAAAAUUCCCAGCGCCAAGCGGGGAGAGAGCAUGUGAAAAACAUAAGGCGCUUUUGCAACUCUUCUGCGAAGUGGAUCAAACCCCGAUCUGCCUGGUGUGCAGAGAGUCCCGCAGCCACAGAGACCACCCCGUGCUUCCUAUCGAGGAGGCGGCCCAGGAUUACCAGGAACAAAUUCGGAGCCGUUUGGAGAGGUUGAAGAAAGAGAGAGACGAGAUUCUGUCGUAUAAAUCGAGUGGGGAAAAUACAAGCCAGGAACUACUGAAACAGCUGGAAACUGAGAAGCAGAAGAUUGUGUCUGAAUUUCAGCAACUGCGCCAGUUUCUGGAGGAACAAGAGCGACUCCUGCUGGCCGAGCUGGAAGAGCUGAAUAAGGAAAUUGAAAAGGCGGGGGCUGAGUAUGUUGCCAAACAAUCUGAGGAACUCUCCUCUUUCAGUUCCCUGAUCAGUGAGAUGGAGCAGAAGUGCCAGCAGCCAGCGAGUGAAUUCCUGCAGGACAUCAAAGGCACCUUGAGUAGAUGCGAGAGGGAGAAGUUUCAGAACCCAGGGGCCUUUUCUUCUGACCUGAAAUGGAGAAUCGGGGAAUCUUCUCAAAGAAACGCAUCUCUGGAGACCAGAAUGAAGAAAUUCAAAGACUCACUCUCGUCUAGCCAGCAGUUGGACAAAGCGAACGUGACUCUGGAUCCACACACGGCCCAUCCCCAACUCAUCCUGUCUGCGGAUCGGAGAAGUGUGAGAUACGGAGACAAACGGCAGAACCUGCCCAACAACCCUGAGAGAUUUGUCACUGAGCCCUGUGUGCUGGGCUGUGAGGGAUUCACCUCGGGCCGACACUACUGGGAGGUGGAGGUGGAGGUGGGGACGGGGGGAUUCUGUGAUGUGGGGGUGGCCAGAGCGUCUGUGAGCAGGAAGGGAGAGAUCAGCCCUAACCCUGAGCGGGGGGUCUGGGCUGUGCAGUGCUGGGAGGAUCACUGCUGGGCUCACACAUCCCCUGGGCAGAGCAUCCCCUUCCCCCCGAGCCGGGGACCCCGCAGGAUCCGGGUGUAUCUGGACUAUGAACGGGGGCAGGUGGCGUUUUUCGAUGCUGGUACCGGGGACCCGAUCGGCACUUUCCCGCCGGCCUCUUUCGCCGGGGAGAGAAUCCGCCCGUUCUUCCGGAUCCUGAUCCCGCCAACAGCUCUGCCUGUGGAGGGCUCCCGUGCAUUGGCCUUUGCGGGAUCAGGGCUUUGGUGAAUGAAUCCUGGAGCGGAAGCACGUGGCGAGGCCUCGCUCCUGACAUUGGCACGGUUACAUCUCAAACCCGGUUUCCACAGGACGUGUUCCAGGCUUAAGUAAGAGAGAAAAGGAUUCUUUGAACAACAGAAAUCUUGUGGAGUAUUCAUCAGAGUAAGAGCUGACAACCCAGAGAAAUUGUGUAAGCCUGAGCGAAUGCCUUUUACUCUCCUUUCCAGUAUCAGACAAUAUUCAUGAUAU